AAGGAUAAUGAAACAGAAUAUUUAUAUGAUUAUAUAACUUUGGACAAUUUGGAGGAUUACGAAAAAUAUUUACAAGAUAAUGAUAAUGAUUUGACGAAUUCAAAUAAUAAUACAGAGCAGAAUACCCAAAAAUACAAACUAUUUGAGAGCCAAUUACAAUCUUUUGAAGAAUUUAAUAGAAAAUACAGUCUGUAUUUUCCAAAUUUCACAUCUACUUUGCUCUUUUUAUGGAUUACAGAGCAUAUGAUUUUCACAGCAGCCUAUGAAGACCUUAGAAAUAGACUUCCAUUGCUCAAGGUUUGGAGUCAUACAGUUCCAAUUUCUAGACAGCAUACCCUAUCAAAUUCAGCUUCAACCAAACCUACAUAUUCAAUAAUACCAGUAGAUUAUAUUGAAUAUAUUCUUAAUAAUCCAACAAUUGUGCCUAAUUUAUACUUUGGCCCUGGUAUUGUAUGUGAUGAAAAACCAGGCAAUUUUUUACAUUAUCACCAAGACAAAGCAAUUAAGUUUACAUAUAUUUAUAAUGUUGUUGAAGUUAAUAAGAGGCAAUUACUCAGAGCUGAUCCGCUUGUUCCAUAUUGUGGGCUUCUUGGACACUUGUGUAGUAUGAAUAGAAAAGCAUGUGGAAUGAAUAUGAAAGAACUUUGGCUUGUUAAAGGACAAGAGUGUUUGAUUAUAUCUAAAAAUAUUAUUCAAAUUAAUGUUUGGUUAAAGGAUCUUGAUAGGCCAGUAGAAUAUGAAUAUUUUGUAACUGAAAUAUUAUAUAGUUUUAAUA